GCAAGCGAAGCGAGUGUCAGUCGCCUUCGUGUAUCAACUUGGAGUUGCAGCGUCCGCCUUGCGCUCCCGUGAUUAAUAAAAGAACAGUGAUUUUUCCAUAUACCAAGUGUUUGUGUCUGUCCAGUGACAGGUUCUACCUUCCUUUUAGCCGUCUCAUUAAACAGAAAUCGAUUCAGGGGCCGAAAUCCUGACACGCGACGCGAAAGACACAAUGACUGGCAGGCAGAGAAGUAGAACAUAUUCAAAGUCUUAUGAGCAGCAGGUCAACAUUUUGUUUCAGAUCAUUUCUCUGUCCAUAGAAAAAUGAAGUUCUAUAUUUUUACUCAAGUCUUGAUUUUCAUGAUAUUUCUUCAUUUUGAUCUAUCAAGUUCAAUGCGAUCUAAUUAUCAGCCGACAUCGCCACCGCGUAUUCUUGAACCGCUUCCUGCUCGACUAGCAUUGGAUCCAGUUACUAAAAAACUUGUUGGAAUAUGGUUUAAUGGAAAACUUGAGCCACCCAACUUUCGUGCACUAGGAAUUCCACCAAGAUCUCCAGAUAGAGUACAACACGCAGUAACUUUUGAUACAUCGCCAUCUCUUGUUCCUGAUGGUUCUUUAGUGUACCGUGGACCACGAUCUACUCCGGUUGGUGUAUUCAAAGGACAUCAGACGUACGUUUAUCGCCCCUCUGAUUGAAAUUGAUUUCAACUCUACGUUUGGGGAGAAUCUAAGUUUAUUUACAAAGUGGCCAACUUUGUCUAAAAAAUUAAUAGCUAUUGCUCAGGCUCGUAAAGAGGUUAAUAUUAAACAGCUAUUAAAAGAAAAUGAGCUUGGCAUUAAAGAAGCCUUAUUGCGAUUGCCUUUCCUGCUCAAAAUCAGUAAUGUCAAAUCAAAGAAGUCUGGAGAUUACUGGAGACCUCCUACACAAAAGGUUCAAAGGGGUUCCUUAAUUCACGUUCAGGUAUAUAUUAAACAUUUGAAUGCGGCUUAUCCUGAGGAAAGUCUGCAUAUCUGGACUUUUUUUCAGAAGUUUAUAUAUGAAAUGAAACAUGCGUCUACGAAGAAUUAUACCAGUGUGAACAAAUUAAUGUGCCAACUAGAAAAGUAAAUUCAUAUCAGAAGAAUACUUCAAAGGCAUUUUAUUAAAGUUCGAAUUGAAAAAAUCAUUUGUUAAGCUACUGAUUCUAGUCUCUGUUGUUUUUAAAAUAAAUUAAAAGGCUUUUCUUUAAAUGCGAUUAUGUAACGGAUUCUAUAAAUCACUAUUUAUGACAUUUAAAACAUUUUAACAAUUUAAAAAACAAUCAUGUUUAUAAAUGCAGAGGCGUAACUUACGAACGUGUUUACAAUAACCUGAAUUCUUUUAGAAAGCAUUUUAAUUUAUUUCAUAAUGUUGAUCAAAGAACAGCUCAAAAUACUGCUGCUAGGGAAAAGUGUGUUCAAGAAGAAGUCUAUGUGCAAAGAAAUGUGGAUAGUUCCACAUCUGGUAUAAAUACAGAGACAGGUGAAGCUCCAAAUACAACAUCCCCACUUCAUGAGAAUGAAUCAGAUAACAAGAUUGAGGAAAUUUAUUUAUUUUCAGAAGCUAGAUCGAAAAUUCAUAGAAAAUGCUUAUCAGUCAUUUCUUAAACAAAAAUUACAUUCCGAUUUGAAUUUAACUCAGCAGGGAAUUAAUUCUGAUAAUAUGUGCACUCAGAUUCACAAAAUAGUAGAUAACAUCCAAAAUCCUUUUAGGCCCUUAGAUUCUGAAUAAAAGAGGUCAGCUUGUUUUGAAAAAACUGGUUCUUACAUUGCACCUACUAAGCACAUUUUAGGGCCUGAAAGUGUGGAAAAAUAUGUUGACAGGUAGUAUCUGAGCCUGCCGAUGCUGAAGCACAAUUCAUUCCUUUAAGAAACACUUUAAAAGCGAUUCUGGAAAUUCCUUAUCUUCUUCAAGAAAUAAAGAUGUAUAUAAAAGAAAUAUUAAGUGACAAUUCGUCGAUUGCUAAUAUCAUCCAAGGAAAAUUAUGGAAAGAUAUAGUUAAAGGCUUUGAUCGUAAAUUUUGUUUGCCUGUUUAUAUCCAUUUUGACGAUUUUAAGUCAGGUAAUGCAUUAGGGCCACAUGCAGGUGAUAAAAAAUUUGGAGCAGUUUAUGCUAGUAUCGCAUGCUUACCCCCAAAAUACGCGUCAAAUUUAAUAUAUACGUUUUUAAUAUUACUGUUCAGAUCUGAUUACAGGUAUCUCUAUGGCAAUCGUACCGUUUCUGAUAUCAUCAUUAGAGAAUUCAAUUACUUCCGCGAACAUGGUAUUCUAGUUAAUGGUGAAAGAAUUUAUUUUUAACUGAUUUUAAUUUUGGGUGACAAUUUCGAGUUGCACAGUAUACUGGGACUUACUGAAUGCUUUAGAGCUAAUUUUCCAUGCAGAAUAUGCAAAACCUCAAAAGAAAUUAUAAGAAAAUGUGCGUAGAAGAUCCGCGCCUUUUUAGAACAAAAGGUAACUAUGAAAGUGAUGUUAUAGAAAACAAUCUUUCUAAAACCGGGGUAAAAGAUCGUUGCAUUUGGAACGAUGUUUCCGGUUUUCAUAUUACUAAGAAUGUUGCAGUUGAUGAGAUGCAUGAUUCUCGAGAAGGCGUACAAACCUACGUUAUGGCGAAAGAAAGAAAUUACUUAAUAUUCGAUUUAAAAGCUUUCUCUUUAGAAGCGACAAAUUUUCGGAUUCAGAUGUUCCACUAUGGUCGAUUAGAGAAAUCAAACAAACCGCCUCUUGUCUCUUUACAGAAAGCAUCAAAUGUCAGUCUCCUAAGAUGCGUCACAUUGAUUCUGAUUUAUUGAAGCAGCUAAUUAUGGAACAUCAUACUAUGUACCUAGAUAUUUUUAAAGAUGAUUUAAAACCUAAAUUUUAUUUUUUAUCACAAUAUCCAGAGCUGAUUUCUUGGCUGGGACCUGUGGCUAACUGCUCAUCAAUGCGGUAUGAGUCAAAGCAUGAGGAAUCAAAGAAUACAUCUAAUAUUUCUUGCAGCAAAGUAAAUCUUCCUUACACUACAGCCGUAUAACACUAAUUAAAAGUCAGUUAUUUCGCGCAAAAUAAUGUUGUAGGCCAACAUCUUUUUAUUGGUCCUGUCAUUUCUAAUUACCGGUUCUAUUCUUUGCACUAUAAAUUAUACUUUCCAAAUUACAAAUGUCCACAAGACAUAACUUGUGUAAAAUAGGCAAAUAUAUGCGGAACAUUAUUUUUAAUAAUGCCUUUGGAGUGUAAAAAAUUCGAUGAGCAUUUUUAUGCUUACGAAAUAAACGUGUUGGUAGGUAAAGACAAAGAAUUAGUGGUCACUUAUAAUGAUCUGCUGUAUAAAUUUUCAUGUCUUUUAGUACAAAAAUUAUCAAAGACUUAUGUAGCUUUUUUUU